AUGCCCGCCUCCCCGCCGGCGCCGAGCCAGCCGACCAUCUCCAUCGCAUCCUCCGACCCGCUCGCCCACCUCUCGCGCACCCUCGCCCAGCACCAGACCCACCUCGUCAGGCUCUACGCCUCGCUCGGCCACGCCGACCCCCAGACAUGCGCCGCUAACAAGAUCUCCGACCUCCACGUCGGCAUCCUCGACACCAUCGAGGCCCAGGCCAAGGAGGCCGAGAAGGAGGUCGCCCAGCUCACCCACGCCGUCGCCCAGCUCACCGAGCAGAUCAGGCAGCUCAGGAUCAGGCUCGGCCAUCGCGACCUCGAGGCCCAGCUCGAGAUCCCCGCCGAAGCACUCGUCCCCAAGCUCCAGCGCAUCCAGAACAUCCUCAACGACCUCUCCCAGACCAAGUUCGACCGCGAGAUCCUCGUCGAAAACCUCCUCAGACGCCUCGAGUCCUUCGCCCCCAUCCUCGGCGACCAGUUCAUCCAGGAUGCAGUCACAAAAUCAAACCAGAGCCUGCGCAUCGGCCAGAUGUUCGGCGCCAAUCUCAGCACAGAAUACAUCUCCCGGCUCGAGAAACAGUCCCAAGAGUUCGAACUCGAAGUCUCUCGACGCGCCCAACUCCUGCUAGAACACAUCAACGAGAUCUUCAACCUCUGGGGCCAUCUCGGCAUCUCGCCCGCCUCGCCCUCAGCCAACCCCACCGAGGACCACUCGGACAUCGACCCCAUCGUCCUCGCCCAUCUCGGCUUCAAGGACGUCGCGGUGACCGUCAACGGGGACAUCAAGCCGAUCGGCCACUGCGAAUCUGUCAAGAUGCUGCCCACCACCACCAACCUCGAGAAAGUACGGGCCCGGCAGACCUGGCUGGACGCCGAACGGCAGAAGCGCGAAGAACAGAUCCAAACCUGGUACGACGAACUGUGCGUGCUAUGGGCCCGAUUGGGUGUGCCAGAGGACGAACAAGAACAGUUCGUCGAGUCGUGGCGAGGGCUCAGCGAACAGUGUGUGGAAGGAUACGAGGCUGAACUGAAGAGGAUGGUCGAAGCUAAGAAAGAACACAUGGUUCUCUUCGUCCAGAAGGAGAGAGACUCGAUCAUCGAACUCUGGGACCAGAUGUAUGUCGCCGAAAACGAACGCGCUAACGUCUCAAUCAUGUAUUCCGACGACUAUUCUGAAGAACUUUUGGCAUCGCAUGAGAAACUUAAAGUCCAACUACUCGACGAUCUGAGCGAUAAAAAAGUGCUACUGAAUCUACUCAACAAGUACUUUACAUUACUACAAGAAGCACACGAGUUGGAGGUUGCCGAGAAAGAUCCAAAUCGGUAUGCCAAGGGGAAACGAGGGGAUCCAGGCAGACUACUAAGGGAAGAGAAGAUCCGGAAAAGGGUGACGAAGGAGAAACCAAAGCUCGAAAAUGAUCUUAAAACGUUAAUUCCUGAAUGGGAAAACGAACGAGGUCGGCCAUUUAUGGUCAAUGGUAGUCGAUUUCUUGAAGAUCUUGUGAUCCGGUUGGAGCAAGAAGCCGUAUUGAAAACCCAAGCGUCCGGGCGCUCCAAAUCGACGAUACCCCCAGCCCAACCGGUGAAGCGACAACAGACGGGAAACAUAUCGCGGCCAGGCUCGCCUGCGAAGCGGACGCGGACGGGCGAGACGACGCGGUCGAAGGGAGCGGCGGGAAGCGGGGCGAUACGGGGGAGUGCGAAUCCGUUCGGGACGGUGUCCGCGACGCCGCGUCCGGGCUCGAAGGCGGGCAGCAUAACCUCCACCACGACGGCGACCCGGCAGCAGCAGCAGAAGCUGGCGCCGCAGACGACCGGCGCCAGCUCCGUCUACAACACCCGCACCCGCAGCCACACCCAUCUCGCCCGGCCCCCUGGAGCCCUGCAGUACCAACGCACCGGCUCGUCCAUGUCCUACUACAACCCCGUCACGCCCUCCCCGAUGCCUCGUGCCCCCGCCUCUGCGGCCCCCACAGAGCUCACCGCCACCUCCGAACACCCCGCCGCCCUCGAGGAGCCGGCGGGCUCGGAUCUCGGCCACCCGGCCCCAUCCAGUCGCUCGGUGUCCGCCCAGUCCAGCUGUCCGGGCAUCCCGCCCGGCUGGCCCACCACCACCGUCCACCCUCCUCCUACGAAUGCUCACCAACAGCUGCCAACUCAGAUCGGAAAGCCGCCGCCCUUCGCCACCAAGAAAUACACCAGCUUCGCCCCGCCCACCGUCGGCCUGCUGGGCAAAGGUAUGCCCGCGCCCCCGCUCAAGAAGGGCAUCUUCAGGCCCCGGCCCUCGGCCCUCCCCCCUCCGCCCCCGCCGCCGGCCCCCUUAUCCCUCAUCCACCCUAACCAUCCGCCCCCAUCUCCUCCCGACCCUCCUCAUCCUGCCGACGGCGAUCAUCAUCUCCCGGCGCAGUCGGCCGGCCAGAGUCGGGUCGUCUCGGGAUCCUCUGACGCGUCUGCUCUCGACCAGCCUGUCACUUCUUUCAUUGAUCUCCAGGACCAUCACCAACCCUCCCACCAACACCAGCCGCUCGGAAUGGAGGGCCCAAACACCCUCGAGGUCCUCCAGCUCGAUCCUAUCCCCUAA